GUUUGUUUUCUUUCUUGAAUCUUGAUCCCCUUUCAACCCUUACCAUCUCACUGUUUAAUUCCAUUUUCACAAACCCUAAUUUUUGGUUCUACUCAACCCCUAAUUCUGCUUUCAUCAUCAUCAGAUUUCAAGCAAUAAUGAAUCGACACUUAACGCGUAAGCAUUGUUAAGUCCAAGCUGGAAUUCAGGAAUUCUGGAUACCAUGUCGUUGUUAUGCAUAUGAUUGUUUGAAGGAGGAAGGAAGGAAGGAAGGGGAUUUACUCUUUUCAGUGGAGAUGGCAGAUGCAGCAGCUAUUAUGGAGGCAGCGGGAUCCCGAUUUAGCGACUUAGAACUAAUUGGAAGAGGAUCUUUUGGGGAUGUAUAUAAGGGGUUUGAUAAGGAAAAUAACAAAGAGGUUGCUAUUAAAGUCAUCGAUUUGGAAGAAUCAGAGGAUGAGAUUGAAGACAUUCAAAAGGAAAUUGCCGUUCUGCAACAAUGUCGAUCUCCAUAUAUUACAGAAUACUAUGGAUCAUACCUUCACCAAACCAAACUCUGGAUAAUAAUGGAAUACAUGGCUGGUGGAUCUGUUGCUGAUCUAAUUCAACCAAAUCAACCAUUGGAUGAAAUGUCCAUCGCUUGCAUUUUACGUGACUUGCUGCAUGCAAUAGAAUAUCUUCAUAACGAAGGGAAAAUCCACAGAGAUAUUAAAGCUGCAAACAUUUUGUUGACUGCCAACGGUGAUGUUAAGGUUGCAGACUUUGGUGUGUCUGCACAACUAACCCGAACAAUUUCUAGAAGAAAGACCUUUGUAGGAACACCAUUUUGGAUGGCACCGGAGGUGAUUCAGAAUUCAGAGGGAUAUAAUGAGAAGGCAGAUAUUUGGUCUUUAGGAAUAACUGCAAUUGAAAUGGCCAAAGGGGAGCCUCCGCUUGCCGAUCUUCACCCAAUGCGAGUUCUUUUCAUCAUACCUAGAGAAAAUCCACCCCAGCUAGAUGAACAUUUUUCUCGCCCUAUGAAAGAAUUUGUUUCAUUGUGCUUAAAGAAGGUGCCUGCUGAAAGACCAAGUGCAAAGGAACUUCUGAAACACCGGUUUAUUAGGAAUGCUAGGAAGAAUCCAAGACUUCUGGAGAGAAUCAGAGAACGACCAAGGUUCCAAAUUAAGGAAGAUGGGGAUUCACCUACAAACGGGACUCAAGCUUUUGGGGACGGGUCUAAUACCGUAAAGGUGGUCAGGGAAUCAAGAGUUGAAGAAACUGUUAAAAUCAGCAGCCAGGGUAAAACUUUGAGGAAUGCUGGAUGGGAUUUCAGCAUAGGUGGGUCUGGGAGUACGGGGACUGUUAGAAGUGCUGUAAGACCACCUCAAAUUAGAGACAGGAAAACAGAUGUUCUUUCGAAUCAAGCCACCCAAAAGAGAACUGGAGAAACUGGUACCAAGCGCUCAUUUGCCCCUGGGAGCACAUCGUAUAAUUCAUCAGAAGUUUCCAUCCAAAGAGAUGCUAGAGAGUCUGACCAAGACAAAAAACAAGAUUAUUACAGGGGCGAAGAAGAUACGUCUAUGGACGGCACAGGAACUGUUGUUGUGCGGUCUCCAAGCAGCACUUUUACCUCUAUGGAAGAUGCUUCCAUUAGUGGCACUUUUGUCUACCGUGGCCAACAUGAUGAUUUAGAUUCUCCUCGGACUCCAAAGUCACGGCUGGGAAUUCAAGAGAAAACAUCAACUGCUUCACCUGAGGAUAGUGCAUUAAACCUGGCAGAGGCAAAGGCUGCAAUUCAAGGAGGAAUGAAGAAAGCACAUGCCAAAGAUAAGUCUGCUUUAAGUAAGUUCAACAAAGGUGUCCAAGAAAGUCGAAGAGCAGAGAAAUCAAUAAAUACCUCGGAUUCUUCUAGACAUUCAAGUGACUACUAUGAUGCAAUAAAAGCAUUUCCAAAACCUCGUCAAGCAAGUAGUGAUGAAGAAGAGAGUGCCAGAAACUCUGCAUCUUCAGCAUCCGCUCCACUGUCUAUUCUGAUAGUCCCUUCAUUGAAAGAAGCAGUUUCCGAUGAUUUAGAGGCGUCCGUUGUUCGUUCUGUGAUAAAUUCUUUGAUGGAUAUGGAAUACACGAAGCCCGGAUCUUGUAAAUUUCUCGUCACCAGGUUGCUUCACCGGCUAGCAAGUUCAAAAGAACCGGCAUUGAAGGAUCUGCAAGAGGUCGCAACACGGGGAUUCUCUAAGGGUAAAACGGUAACAGAGUCGGAGAUUGCAAAUGCAGAAGCCGAUGCCAAAAAGAAGCAACAGAACAAAGAGGCUCAGUCACAUGCCAACCUAAGCCCGCUCGCGAGGUUCUUACUUUCAAGAUGGCAAGGCCAAGGUUCUCGAGAUCUCAACCCAACUUAGAGAGAGAGAGAGAGAGAGAGAGAUGGGAUUUGUGUCUUAUAAAGUACAAUCUAUGCCUUUAAGGUGGAUUUUGUGUUCAUUAUUAUUAUUAUUAUUAUUAAUUUAUUCAAAUGUAAAUAACAUCGAGAGAAAGAUAUAGUAACUUUUUAUCUAUUUUUUUUUUGUAGUCAAAAUAUUGUUGGAUACUUGGGUUUGGGAUAUGAACUUGAUGGACCUGUUUGUUAGAGCU